AUUGUGUUUCUUAAGGUGCUGAGGAACAAGUUUGCUGCUGAGGAUGAGGAAGACAAUGAAGAAUAUUGUGCUUCUGAAGAUGAGGAAUUAGAUGAUGAGGAUGAUCAAAUAUUUCAUCAGAUGCAAGGUGCAAACUCACCAAGAUCUACAAGGCACUUUGCUGAAGCUUCACACUCUAAACAUGAUGAUCUUGUUGGAAAAGAUGCCAUAUUGUAUGCUAUGUUGAGAUCUGAUUUGCCUGUGGCUAAAGGGACAAUUGUUUCAACUAAACCAAGCACCACAGUUGGAGGCCAGAUCCUUGGAAGGCAAUAUUGUGAAGUUAUUGUAACUUGUGUGCUAAAACGAGAUACAGUUUUGCCUCGCCCUUGUGCCAAUGUGGAAACUAUGGCUGAUGCUUACAUGAUGUCAGUUGCAUGGCCGUACAAGAAACUGAAGUUGGUGCAUAAGGCUGCAACACCGUCUAGUGGAGGGUGUUCUGUACAAAGAAAGCUUGUACCUUAAAACAGGAGGAUACAAGAAGCUGGAGUGGUUGUCUGAAGGCUUUUGAACUGCUUGAAGCAUUAGUGUAGCUUUGGUGCUUUUGUGACUGAUCAGCUCUGGAGCAGCUAGAGUGAUGUAGUUGUGGGCUU